AUGCGCCCACGAGACUCGUACACAAAUAUCCCGCCACUAAAGGUGGGAUCCGAGGAGGUCACCGAAAAUGACGCAAAGGCCAGAGUGUUUCUAGAAAUCUUCUUCCCGAAGAUGGCAGACCCAGAGAAAGAAGACCCGGUACUACCCUCAGAGGAAAUACUAUGGCACCCAAUCACAGAACUAGACAAGGAAAUAGAAUUAUGGGAGGAUUUCUUACACAACCUUUUGUAUUUUCCUCCACUCCCAAGGCUAUCACAUGGUACUGGCUCUUGUACGGUUGAUCCUACGGCGUCAAUAUUCCAUAAUACCGCCCUAUCGCGAGACCACGUCGUUGACACGUUCGAAAGUCAACACCAAACAAUCAAUCAUCAAGAUAACCGAGUCAACCCAAUAAGGAAAUCACCAAGAUUAGUGAGAAUAAUGGCUUCCCAAACCCUUGAUAAUUCGAGACAACCACUGCUAAGCAAUGACCCUGAAGUCUUUGGGUCUGCUACUAGCCAUCGAAGCGAAGCCGAGUCAGAACCUACUAGAAUUCCUGACGACGACUUUAUGACAGAGACUGGAUUUAACACUGUCACCGGGCAUAAGAAGAUCGAUCCAACCUUGUGGGAAAAGGAUGCUGGACCGGGGGACAGUGUAGAAGCGUUGGUCAACUACACAAUAAGGGCCAUGUACGAGGCUGCCGUUAGUCAUCACUUUGACCGUGAACUAUUCGAAUGGCUUCAUGAUUACUUCGAAGAAUGGACUCUGGUCGAAUUCAAUAAGCUUGACAGGACCAUGAGAAGCAAGCUGAAAGACUUCCUUCAGAUACGUGGUGUUUAUUUGGACCAUAGAGGUAAGAAAAACAUCUCAGAAGGAUUAGUCGAAUUGCUUCAGAUGGAUAUUCCCCCAAGAUGGCCAGAUGACAUGAUCGCCGGCAAGAAAUUUGACUCAAGAUCAAGGAUGGCCUUAGGUCAACAAGCUCAGUUAACACCAAGGAGUGACACCACCCCGCCGGCUAAGAGAAUUGAGAAUCAUAAUAGGGAUCACCUCAUUGGAUUGCCUUAUUCUGACAAGGAAAAGGAAGAGACAACACUCGGGAGAGAUCCAGAGAGAAGAAUCAACAAUAACCCCCUACAGCUGGAGACUCAUGUCCGAGAUCUUGAUAGUCGUACACCCUUGACUGGUGCCAACGCAGUGCCGAUAGGGACACCGGCCCCCAGUCCAAUCAAGAUAUCUACCACACCACCUCCGCGUCCCUCUACGUCGUUGACAUCUGCGAGGCAACUUGAUGAGUACAUGAGAUUGCCGCCUACAGAGUAUGAACAAGAGGAUAUUGACCCGUCGUUGGCCGCAAAGUUUUCCAAGGCAUGGGACAAGGCAGAGAGUUAUUCAGGAGAACGAUAUGAUAUCCUAGACGACAAAGUCCUUGCUUUCCUGAGAGUUUGUCGAUUGAUUGGAGUACAAUUAACGCAAUGUUGGAUACUCUUUCCCGAGAUGCUUUCUGGGCGUGCAAAAACCUACUACAUGCACCAUAUUGGUCAAGAUGCUUCAUUUACAGAUGCGUACAAAGCUAUAAAGGCGUACUUUGACACGGAUUCCAACCAUCGGGUGUACUACCAGGACUGGACGUCGACCACAUUGAAAGGCGUUCUCCGUAACAACCCCAGCAAAACGCUUGUGGAAGCAGUAGAAAUCCUUAUUGAGAAACUUCACUUGUGCCAACGUGCCCUGGGAAAUGCGUACAAGGGCCAGGAACAUCUAGUUGCUGCUGUCACUAGAGCCUGUCAAGAUUCGCCUGAGAUGAGCGACGCUCUUAGUGAUCCUGCAACGAAUUUUGAGACGUUGGUAUCAAGACUCCGUGCCAGGGCCGCUGUGGUCCAAGGAAAGGAGUCAGCCAGUCAAUAUAUAACCCGAGUUAAAGCCAACUCAGCUCCCAAUGGGAUAGGAGAAGACAAUCCGAUGACGCUGUACACAGAUAGAAAGUUCUUGGGCCGCACAAACCAGAAUAAUCGACAAACCCCACGUCAAGGAUAUCGACGCCGGGGACGUGAUGAUCGUAAUUCCCGCCAACAAGGUGAUAGGAAGUGUUGGAUCUGCCACAGGUCCGAUUGCCGCUCGUUCAAACACUCCGACGAGGAGCGCCGCAGAGCGAGAGAGCGGUUUAAUGAUUAUCGACGUGUAGAUGGUAGACGCUCCGCUUCUGACCGCACAUAUCGCGCCUUUGUCAUGGACUUUGAAAAGGGCUGUAUGAUUGAGUCAGAUAGUGAGGAGGAUGACGUUGAAGAAGAAGACGACAUUGAGGACGACGCCACUGCGUAUUUCAUGAUCAACGAACUGCAAGAUCGUUCCUUUAUCCAUUGGAUAAGUGGAUACCACGACGAUAUCGAUCAGGAAGGAUUCCACCACAAAUUGGAGGUAAGAGAGCUUGAUCAAUCAGAGCGCAAGGAUGGCCUCCUAGAACCUGCUUCUCAAUUUGUACUUGAACACCAUGAAGGCGAGAUUUUCCAAGGAAUUCUUCCAGAUACUGGAGCAGCAAAGGUAUCAACUGUUGGCCGACGUCAACUUGCUGCCUUGCAGAGAAGCUAUCCAGAGAUUACCGUCGAUAGGACCCGUGCAGGAGAGCACUCAAUUCGAUUUGGCCAAGGUGAGAGUGUUCACUCUGAGGGUGCUGUUACCAUAACAACCCCAAUUGGUGAUGUUGAUUUUCAUAUUAUGAACACGCCAACCCCAUUCUUGCUUUGCUUAGACGAUAUGGAUAAACAUGGCGCUUACCUAGAUAACAUUGCGAACUGCAUGGUAAAGGGAGACGUACGGGUCCCAAUUAUCAGAAAGCGAGGCCACCCAUGGUUCUUCCUUGAUAAGAUGCAGGCGCCAGUAACAUUUCUCACAGAGAUUGAGAUGAGACGACUUCACCGUCGGUUUGGCCAUCCUGCGGUUGACCGCUUGCACAAGCUUUUAAAACGAGCAGGCCAUGACGAUGUGGAUUACAACAAUCUUGCAGAAAUUGAGAAGUUUUGCCAUCACUGCCAAAUGAACCGGCAGGCACCACGACGCUUUAAAUUCACAUUGAAUGACGAUCGUGAGUUUAACUAUGAGAUUGUCGUCGAUGUUAUGUAUUUAGAUGGCAAGCCGGUGCUUCAUGUUGUCGAUUGGGCGACGUCCUUCCAGGCCGCACGAUUUUUGAAGUCUUUAUCUGCGAAAGAUACAUGGGAAGCGCUCCGGGCAGUGUGGAUUGACACCUAUCUUGGCCCUCCUGAUGUCAUCUCACACGACGCAGGAACCAAUUUUGCCGCAUUAGAAUUCAAAACUGAGGCUAAGAUGAUGGGAAUCCAAUGUCACCAAGUGCCAGUGGAAGCACACAAUGCAAUCGGGAAAGUUGAGCGUUACCAUGCACCACUGCGUAGAGCAUACAACAUUAUAUCGGCAGAACUAGGCGCCAGCGUCGACAAGGACGUGAUCCUCCAGAUGGCCAUCAAAGCCGUCAAUGAUACCGUGGGACCAGAUGGGAUAGUUCCAACCGUACUCGUUUUUGGCGCUUACCCGCGCAUAACGACUGACUCGCCCCCAUCCGCGUUAACUGCUCGACGUGCUGAGGCAAUGAGAAAGGCGAUGGCCGAAUUGAGACGUGCCGUGGCAGAGCGACGAGUCAAUGACGCACUUAACACCAGGAACGGCCCAAUUAUCACGGAAACGCUCAAUCUCGCACCAGGGAGCGAAGUCAAAGUAUGGCGCGAAGGAGAUGGUUGGUCAGGACCGUACAAAGUUAUAUCAGUCAAUGGCCAUGACGUGACUGUAGAUCUUGGAAAUGGUGCUGUUGCAUUCAGGGCGACGUCGGUACAGCAGUAUUUACGUGAUAGCAAGGAUGAGAGUGAUCGCCUGAUUAGAUUGCCUCUCUCUCCCCCCCAAGAGGAUCUCAAUCGCCAGGACGGUCGGUCCCAAGUCGACUUCGACCAGACUCCGAGGACUAGAGCAAGGGUAAGACUGCAAGACCAUCCUGCAAAUCCGAAUCACCAUGUUGAGACUGGGGGAGUCCACGCACCGCAGACCCCCGAGAUGCCUGCGUUGCCACGCCGCCGAGGACGACCGCGUGGUUCCAAAAAUAAGCCAAAAGCGUACGCCGAAGUGUUCAUAUCCAAAAAGGAGAGGGACGACCUUGAACUUGCCGUCAAGCUGCGGCGUGAAGGCAAGAUCGCCACCAACGGCGCGCCGUUCGAAUUAUCAGGAAAAACAGAGAUCGACAGCUUGAUAGCAAAUGGGACCUUCAAGAUCCUUCACCGUGCCGAUAUGGACCUGCGUGGCAUCAGAAUUUUCAAUUCCCGCCUUGUCAACGAGAUAAAGGGCAAGAACGAGAUUCCCUAUGAGAAAUCUCGACUUGUUAUACAAGGAUAUAACGACGCUGGGAAGGAUAAGAUCUUGACCCAGGCACCCACGAUCCAGCGUGCAAGCCAACGCUUAUUAGUGUCGCUUAUCCCCACACUCAUUGAGAUGGGAAUGGUCGUUGAGAUCCGGGAUAUCACGCAAGCAUACACACAGGCGAAGACCAAGCUCGAGCGUCUGAUUAUCGCCAAUCUUCCCAUUGAAAUGCAGGAUAAGUAUCCACCAGAUUCACUCCUAUUAGUUGAAGGCCCGCUAUAUGGGAUCCCUGAGGCAGGUGUUCAUUGGUUUGGAACAUACCAGGCGCACCAUCUUAACAAAUUGAACAUGGAAACCUCGACGUACGACCCAUGCCUUCUUAUCUCAAAGCUAGGAGACGACGAAUUUGGACUUGUGGGAAUGCAAACGGACGACACACUUCUUAUCUGUACAGAAAAGUUCUCCAGAGGUGAACAAGCCGCGUUGCAAGAGGCAAGCUUUAAAGCGAAGCCAAAAACACGACUCUCGGAGACCAAGCCUCUAGAAUUCAAUGGUGCAAGAAUUACCCUGCAGAAUGGCAUUGUCAAUUUACAACAGAAAGGGCAAGCAGCGAAGAUCCAACCAGUGGGUAUGGAAGAACGCGCACAGAAGUAUGUCGAACAACGCGCACGGGGAGCCUAUCUGGCUUCGAUCUGCCAACCUGAAGCUGCGUAUGACUUGGCCGUGGCCGCUCAGCUGCAAGAGAAGGAUCGCUCCGAUUCUGAUUAUGAGGCGUUGAAUAAACGUCUCAUAUGGCAGGCCCAGAAUCCAGAGAGAGGGCUCCGUUAUGUGCCUCUCAACCUCGCCAAAGCCAGGAUUAUGGUUUUUACUGAUGGAUCCUUUGCCAAUAACCGGGAUUUGACUUCCCAAAUCGGAUUCCUGAUUACCAUGGUCAACGAAGACUUCUCGCAGCAAGGCCGCUUCGUCGCCACUGGCAACAUCUUGCAUUGGCAAUCAGCAAAGUGUAAACGCGUUACACGGAGUGUACUAGCCUCUGAGGUCUAUGGCCUUACAGCUGGAUUUGACCAUGCGUUCACUAUUGCCAGUACCGCCAAAAUGAUCACCAGUCGUCUGGACCUACCGGCAAUGCCUGUAAUUAUUUGUACGGAUUCAUUUUCGCUUUAUGAAUGCCUCGGUAAGCUUGGGACCACCAAAGAGAAACGCCUCAUGAUCGAUAUCAUGGCACUUCGUCAAUCUUAUGAGAAGCACGAGAUCCACGAGAUCCGUUGGAUCCAUGGAGACGAUAACCCGGCCGACGCUUUUACGAAGUCAAGCCCUAACAAGGCCCUACGGGACCUUGUUGACAGCAAUAAGCUGACAGUUCGUGUUGAAGGCUUCGUUGAGAGAACCGGGAGCGAUUAG